GAGCAGACAAAGAAGUCGCCAUUCAAGCAUCACAUUCGUCACCAAGCGGGAAGCAAGCUAGUGACGGCUAGCUAAACAAAAACACGGCUAGCACAGCGGCCAAAUAAAGCGCCGCCCAAGACUUCAAGAUGCCUCGGGAAAUUAUAACGUUACAGCUUGGACAGUGCGGGAAUCAAAUCGGCUUUGAGUUUUGGAAGCAGCUAUGUGCAGAGCAUGGUAUCAGUCCAGAGGGCAUCGUCGAGGAGUUUGCCACCGAAGGAACGGACAGGAAGGAUGUUUUCUUCUAUCAGGCCGAUGACGAGCACUACAUCCCCCGCGCUGUCCUCCUGGAUCUGGAGCCUCGAGUGAUCCACUCCAUCCUUAACUCUCCCUACGCCAACCUGUACAAUCCUGAGAAUAUCUACCUGUCCGAACAUGGCGGAGGGGCCGGAAACAACUGGGCCAGUGGGUACUCACAGGGGAAAAAAAUUCAAGAAGACAUUUUUGACAUCAUUGACCGCGAGGCAGAUGGGAGUGACAGUCUGGAGGGGUUUGUCCUGUGUCACUCCAUCGCUGGGGGGACGGGUUCCGGUCUGGGGUCCUACCUGCUGGAGAAGCUGAACGACAGGUACCCAAAGAAGCUGGUACAGACCUACUCGGUCUUUCCCAAUCAGCACGAAAUGAGCGACGUGGUGGUGCAGCCGUACAACUCGCUGCUGACUCUCAAGAGACUCACGCAGAACGCCGACUGCGUGGUGGUGCUGGACAACACGGCGCUGAAUCGCAUUGCCACCGACCGGUUGCACAUCCAGAACCCUUCCUUCUCACAAAUCAACCAGCUGGUGUCCACCAUCAUGUCAGCGAGCACCACCACCCUGCGCUACCCGGGAUACAUGAACAACGACCUCAUCGGCCUCAUUGCCUCGCUCAUCCCCACGCCACGCCUCCACUUCCUGAUGACGGGCUACACGCCGCUCACCACCGACCAGUCGGUGGCCAGUGUGAGGAAGACUACUGUGCUGGAUGUGAUGAGGAGGCUCCUUCAGCCCAAGAACGUGAUGGUGUCCACAGGCAGAGAACGCCAGCCCAGCCACUGUUACAUCGCCAUCCUCAACAUCAUCCAGGGAGAAGUGGAUCCCACUCAGGUGCACAAAAGUCUCCAGAGGAUCCGGGAGCGGAAACUGGCCAGUUUCAUCCCCUGGGGUCCUGCCAGCAUCCAGGUGGCACUGUCCAGGAAGUCACCGUACCUGCCGUCCGCCCACCGCGUCAGCGGCCUGAUGAUGGCCAACCACACCAGCAUCUCCUCUCUCUUUGAGCGGACGUGCCAGCAGUACGACAAGCUGCGUAAGCGCGAGGCCUUCCUGGAGCAGUUCCGCAAGGAGGACAUCUUCAAGGACAACUUCGACGAGCUGGACAACUCACGCGAGGUGGUGCAGCAGCUGGUGGACGAGUACAGCGCCGCCACCAGGCCUGACUACAUCUCUUGGGGAACACAAGAGCAGUGAACGCAGCCCAUUUCAACAUAUGCAACAGAUGCAAUGACUUCAAAUGAAUGUCUUAUUAAGUCUUACUGAGUUUCCCAGGACUAACUUAUUGCCUUCUUUUGGCGCUCUUCAUGGGUUUGUCAGUUGCCAAUAACAAAGCCGGAACACGGGCCCCUGAGAAAGUGUCACAUCAUUGUAGUUAUAAAAGGCAAUUUUAAAAUAUUCAGGUUCUGCAGUGACAAAUAGAACAUACAUUUAAUGGCCACAUUAUGAAAGAUGUUUCUUAUGACAGAAGAGAGACAUGUAUCAAAUGUGACCAGUGAGCAUAACAGGAAUGUUACAUUGCUUGUUAAGUCUAUUUAAAUUGUACAAUAAAUUCAUUUUCUUAGUA